CUGCCUUCUGGGGUGCAACCGUGCGGGAGGACGUGGACUUCAGGCUUCCUGUAGACUGGAAGAAUCUGCUCAAAACCGCCUGCCUUUCAGGGGCUGGACCGGCGGCACCAGCAUCACCAGAGCUUUGCCGGGAAUCCAGGUGUCCGGAGCGAGAUCGGAGGUGUUUACUGUUGCUGUCAUGGUUCGUCGGCUAAACUGCAUCGUCGCUGUGUCCCAGAACAUGGGCAUCGGCAAGAACGGAGACCUACCCUGGCCCCCGCUCAGGAAUGAAUUCAAGUAUUUCCAAAGAAUGACGACGACCACAACCUCUUCAGAAGAAGGUAAACAGAAUUUGGUGAUUAUGGGUAGGAAGACCUGGUUCUCCAUUCCUGAGAAGAAUAGACCUUUGAAAGAUAGAAUUAAUUUAGUUCUCAGUAGAGAACUCAAGGAACCCCCACAAGGAGCUCAUUUUCUUGCCAAAAGUCUGGAUGAUGCCUUAAAACUUAUUGAACAACCAGAAUUGGAAAAUAAAGUGGACAUGGUUUGGAUAGUAGGAGGCAGUUCUGUUUACAAGGAAGCCAUGAACCACCCAGGCCAUCUUAGACUGUUCGUGACAAGGAUCAUGCAGGAAUUUGAAAGCGACACAUUUUUUCCUGAAAUUGAUUUCAAGAAAUAUAAACUUCUUCCAGAAUACCCAGGUGUUCUUUCUGAUGUCCAGGAAGAGAAAGGCAUUAAGUACAAAUUUGAAGUAUAUGAAAAGAAUGAUUAAUAUGAAGGCAUUUUCUGAUUUAUUUCAAAUUGUUCUCUUCCUCUCCAAAAAAUUAUGUAUUUUAACAUUAGAAAAAAAGACUAUUGACUUUAGAUCUGUGGAUGAUUUUUUCUAAGAAGCUUUUCUUUUGUUUGUUGGUUUUUCUUUCAUCACUCCUAAUGGACUAUAUCAGACACCAUUUGUGAAACAUCUCUUGCCAUAACUACUAAGUGUAGUGAAAACCAUCAAGGGCCAGGACUGGCUGUAUACCUGCCUAGGGUGGCAUACCUACAAAGACAGCCAAAGUAAGAGAGUCCCCUGGGAGCAUGAAAUGAAAUCAGGGCCCAUAGAGAUAGAGCGAGACAGAUUAAACAAAAUGGUGGGAAUCCAUUACAAACAGAAGAACAGCAACUUAGAUUUUAAAUGAAAAUUAUAUCAAAAUAGGGACUGUGAAUUAUUCUGAGUAAAUCAUACUUCUGAUAAAAGUUCUGUUCACCCGGACAGGGUAUGAGUGAGUUGAGAACUCCAGUAUAUUCAGUAGGGACGGUAAAAAGGCAGGUAGAAGACUAACGUUUUGAUGGUAAAAAAGAGAAGAAAACGUCUGAGACCUUUAAAAAUUCUGUUUUUGAUCUUCGAUGAAAUUCCACGGGAUAUCACAAUGAGAGAACAAGAAUAGACUGCUCUCUUUUCAAAAAAACAAAAAGGAAUCUAAUAGCAAGCAUAAUGGCUAAAAUUAAAAAUUCAAAGAAGUAAUGAAUUAAGAAUGGAUAUUGCUAGAAACCAGAAUUUAAGUUAGAAAAUAAACUUCACAAAAUGAAAAUUAAAAUAUUUUUUACCCAUUAUGUUGGCAAAGAUUAAUUAUUAUGAUAUCCAAAGAAAUAGCUUUUUUCUGUAUUGUAAAUUAUUACAACCAUUUUAAAGUAUAAAUUAACAAUAUCAAAAUUCAAAAUGUUCUGGUUUUGAACUCGGAAAUUCCACUUCUAGAAAUUAAUUUUGAACCAAGAGAUGAGCUCAAGAAUAUGUAUUGCAGCAUUUUUUAAAGCUUGGAAACAGCCCAAAUGUUGAUCAAUAAAUGAUCAACCUAUAUAUAUAAUUUAAUAUUCUACAGCAGCUAAAAAGAGUGAGAUACUGACAGAAAAAUGCCAAAGAUUGCUAAGUGAAAGAAGCAAAUUGUGUACAGUACCCAGAAUUUUUAAUAAAUAUUAGUAUGUGUAGAAAAAAUAUGUAGUGCUGGUUGACAGUAGUGAUGUUGGAGAUGUUAUUUUCCUCAUUGGGUAUUUUUAUUAUGAUUAGCAUUUGUGAAACUUUAUUUUCAUGGAAAAAGAAUUAUUUAAGAUAAUAAAUUGGGCCCUUAUGUUCAGCAGUAAAAAUUAGGAUGCAGAACAUCAGGAGUGAAGAGUACUUUCCUAAAAUCUCCUAUAGCAGUGGGAAAAAAAGCAGGUCACACAAAGAAAUAGGAAUCAAUGGACUGCAUAGGAUUUACAAACCACAAGAAAACAGUAGUGCUAUCUGCCAUGAAUAUAACCAGAAAUAUUAUCCAGAAUUUAUAGAACUCGACACUCAACUGGCCAAUAAAUAUAUGAAGAGAUGUAUAUUCCCACUAGUGUUUGUUGUUUUUUGUUAGGUGCCAUCAAGUCAGUUCCGACUC